UCAAUGCCCUCCUUAUUAUCCAUUUUCUCUCUUGAAAUAAUACGUAUAAUUAGUACUCUAAUCACUUUCUUAAUUCACAUCAAUAUCCUUUUGGCUUGUAAUUUGCACAAGAAGAACACUAUAUUGUUUACCCUAAUUAUUAAAGAAAAAUGUCAAAGGAAAAGGAAAGAGAAACUCAUGUUUACACAGCCAAGCUCGCGGAACAAGCUGAACGUUAUGAUGAAAUGGUUGAGAGUAUGAAGAAAGUUGCAAAACUGGAUGCUGAACUGACAGUGGAGGAAAGGAACUUGCUUUCUGUUGGUUACAAGAAUGUAAUUGGAGCUCGAAGGGCUUCGUGGCGUAUCAUGUCUUCCAUCGAGCAGAAGGAAGAGUCGAAAGGGAACGAGAACAAUGUCAAGCUGAUUAAGGGAUACAGGCAGAAAGUAGAAGAGGAGCUCUCCAAGAUUUGCCAUGAUAUUCUUGAAAUCAUAGACAAACAUCUCAUUCCAUCAUCUGGCACCGGUGAAGCUACCGUCUUUUAUUACAAAAUGAAAGGCGAUUAUUUUCGUUACCUUGCUGAGUUCAAGACUGAUCAGGAAAAGAAAGAGGCUUCUGAACUAUCAUUGAAAGGCUACGAGGCUGCUACUGCCACUGCAAACUCUGAUCUCCCUUCAACACAUCCGAUCAGGCUCGGUCUUGCUUUGAACUACUCUGUGUUCUACUAUGAGAUCAUGAAUUCCCCCGAAAGGGCUUGUCACUUGGCUAAACAAGCUUUCGACGAGGCAAUAGCAGAGUUGGACACUUUGAGUGAAGAAUCAUACAAAGACAGUACCUUAAUCAUGCAGCUGUUGAGAGACAAUCUCACACUAUGGACCUCUGAUUUGCCCGAAGACGGAGCUGAAGAGAAUUCGAAAGCUGAUGAACCGAAAUCAGCAGAACCUCCUAAAAAAACAGAAGAAGCACCUCAAAAAACAGAAGAUCCACCUCAAAACUGAUGGAGGCACAAGGAGAGCAAUUCCUCCAAUACAAGAAGAUGCAUUUUGUAAUUUGAUGGAUACAUUUUCAUUUUUUUCCUCUUUAUUUAUGUUCUUUGGUGGAAAAUUGUUAUUUUUGCGAAUGAGUUUAAGUCUUGUUAGAUACAUGAUUUUGUCAAGGGACUAAGUAAGUCUCUUGAGAUUAUGAGUCAAUUGAAGGACAAUGAAAGAUGAUUUUGAUCUAGUA